AUGGCGACCCCUCGAGCACGCCUAACUCGCCUGCUCCUCCACUUCCGCAGCCGGGGCCCCAAAUUCCUACCGCAACCCUUCUCUCCCUCCUCCUCUUCCUCCGCCCACGGCCUCUUCCCCUCUCGGUGGCCAACGCCGUCAACCGGCGGCGCGUGGCGGCGCGCGUUCCACGAUGGGCGGCCACGAGGGCCGCUGUGGCGGAGCAAGAAGCUGAUCGGGAAGGAGGCCCUCUUCGCGAUCCAGGGCCUCAAGCGGUUCAAGGGGGAUGAGGAGAAGCUGGCGGAUUUCGUGCGGCGGUAUGUGGCCAGACUGCUCAAGGCGGAUAAGCUCGCCGUGCUCGGCGAGCUGGGACGCCAGGAGGAGGUCGACCUGGCCGUCAAGAUGUUUAGGAUCAUACAAAAGGAGGACUGGUAUAAGCCAGAUAUUUACAUGUACAAAGACUUGAUUAUUGCACUAGCCAAAUGCAAGAAGAUGGAGGAAGCAAUGGUAAUCUGGGGGAACAUGAGAGAUGAGAACUUGUUUCCUGACUCACAGACUUAUGCCGAAGUAAUAAGAGGAUUCUUGAGAUAUGGCUCCCCAUCAGAUGCAAUGAAUAUUUAUGAGGACAUGAAAAAAUCACCUGAUCCACCAGAAGAGUUACCUUUUAGGGUAUUGUUGAAGGGUCUUUUACCUCACCCAUUGCUAAGAAAUAGAGUAAAGCAAGAUUUUGAAGAGUUGUUCCCAGAAAGGCAUAUCUAUGAUCCUCCAGAAGAAAUUUUUGGCAUGCACUGA